AGUGGGGGAAUCAAGGUGAGAGUAUAAGAGUUUGGCACCGCUGCUGUUGUGAACAUUCCGCGUGGUUGCAGUGCAGAGAAAGGACCGGAGUGUGUGUUUCUAUACCUUUGGACAACUCACAGCCGCCAGCUACGACACACUGAAAAAGUCUGGGGAAUAAUUUAGGGCUGCUUGUCCCCUAUCUAUUUAUGAAAGGGUCCAGAUUAUCAGAGGAAUAAUUUUGGAUCUCCGUUGACCCUCGCCUAUUCAUUUCAUAGAAAGGGGGAGCCUAGAUUAUCCAUCUAGAGGGGAAUAAAGGUCAAUUUGAUAUUUUCACCCAUCUAUCAAAAUGGCUAAGCUGUUCUCUCUCUUGUUCGUGGCUGGGGCCGUGUUGGUGUCUCUGGUGCCUUCGUGUCACAGUCAAGCCAAUGAUUGUAGAGACCGCCACGCGUCUUGCCGCACCUGGGCCGAGCGAGGGGAAUGCUACAAGAAUGUAGGCUACAUGAUGGUCCACUGUGCUGACUCUUGCCAUCAGUGUGUCGUCCAAGAUGACAACUGUAAAGACACCCACGAUCAGUGCGCAGCUUGGGCUAACAACGGCGAAUGCCAGCAGAACUACACUUACAUGAGAAAAGCCUGCGCCAGAUCCUGCACUUUCUGCAUGCCCGCUAAUGAUCAUAGUGUCCCCUACGUUCACGCAAACUUGGUGGAUUCCCGGUGGGAACAGUACAGUAAGAGAUUCCCAGGACUGGCACGAAACCAUCAUGUCUGAAAUGGACCAAAAGAAAUUUUUUUUUUUUUUUUAUGAACGGCACCAUUGCUGUUAGUCAUUUGUUAUACAUGAAUUGGAGGAGAAAUCCAAAGAUACGCUUAACUACCCAAACUAGGCAUAAGUCAUGUUAAAACAGAAGGAAAAUACAUUUGUCGCUAUACUGGUAAAAUACUGGCCGUACGAAGGCUAUAACUAUCUCUUACAAUAGACCGAUCAUCAUUAGACCUAGCUCAACAAUCAGCAUCCUUUGAAUAAAAAAAAAAUCAAGUGAUCUGUCAACUCAGAUCAACCCAUAAUCAAACGUGAUAACAUUUUAAAGUAUUACGAUGCUCAUAAUAUGCAUGAAAGUCAUACCUGGUGGUCUUAUGUUUUACGGUUGCUUCCAGAUAGUAUGUUGGUAUUCAAAAAAAAAAAAAGAAGAAAAAAAAACCCACUGGGCAUUUGUCGCUAGCAUAAUGUUCCUCAUUUCACUGUAUAUGAAACUCUUCGGGAAAUUCUAUGUGCUGCCGAAACUUCGCAACGAUUACAUUUCGGCCGCCUCAGUGGCGUGAUCGGUAUGGUCUUGGCCUGCCACCUCGAUGGCAGCGAGUUCGAUUCUCGGGCAUUCCACUGAGGGGUUAGAGGUGUGUAUUUCUGGUGAUAGAAGUUCACUCUCGACGUGGUUCGGAAGUCACGUAAAGCCGUUGGUCCCGUUGCUGAAUAACCACUGGUUCCAUGCAACGUAAAAUAAACAAACAAACGAAUCCUUUUCCUACAUUUUAGGAAUUUUUUAUUUUGAAAAUACUUUUAAAAUGUUGGAGCGCUCAAUCUUGACUGAACGUUUACCUGACAUAUUCAGCUGUGCUACUAUUGUAGAUUCACAUCAACCGUGCAUUUAACGUCUUGGCCAGUCCCUUACGACGCUCCUGAUAAGCCAAUGACAGGGCUGGAAACUCUUGAUCUCUCGAGAGAGUUCAUGAAGGCAGAUUUCCAGCCCUGUCAUUGGCUUAUCCACAGCCAAUCAGGGGCGUCGUAAGGGACUGGCCUAGACAUCAAAUGCACGGCUGAAGGGAAUCUACUAUAGAUAGAAGAAGAAAAAACAACAGAUUUUAUACAUCAGCUUUACAGAUAGUAAAAGAACAACGGGUUAGGCAAAGCAGAAAACCGUUAUGCUCCCGGUGAAUCUCGAGUCUCCUGAUUUAGACUAUAUUCCACCGAUGCGCUACCAUUCCCCUAUUGCCUUUACGUUCAUCCCUUCAGUUUCUCUCAUUUCUGUAGAAGAUGAGGGAAGGAUGCUAUUAUCUCCAAAGGGCAUCUUGUAAAUAUAUAUUUUAUGUAUGUUGGAUUUAGAAACAUUCGCUUUAUAUCAUGAUUCAUAAAUGUAAAUAUUCAUUACAAUUUGGCUAUGAUACGAAUACUGUUAGAGGCUCGUCGACUAUUAAUCUAAAACUUUCCUAAUCAUAUAAAUUAUCUUUGGAAAGAAUAGACAUUGAUAUUCUCCAUUUCAAGUCUUUUUUUAAUAGGUUGGUACCAUAAAAUAAGGUGUAAAUAUUGACAACCUUCAUGAACCCAUGUCUGCAAAUACAGACUAUUCACGAUUAUCUUAUGUAAGGGCAACCGAAAUGACACAGUGAAAGUAUCAUUAUUGAAAAUAAAAAUUUUGACGCCUCACUAAUAUAACUAUAUAAACUACUGAUGGUGUAUUAUAUCCAUCGUGGGCAUUAUUCCAGUUUAGGUGGAAUACGUCUAGAUUCCUCGAAUAACAAGAGUGAAUACGCAAAGACGUCAGUGACUUCUUUUGUUUACUCAGUGCUGAAAACAAGACCAAAUCUGUAGUACUCCAGACAGUCACGAGGUCAUAGUCAAAUACCUAUCGUCUUGUCUUUCAGAUCUUAGCCUAGAUAUAAAAGAGCAACCUCAGGAUAACGAUAUCCAUUCGGAUGGAUGAGUCGGAAUCCAGGUAAAAUAGUCACACAAAAAAUGGCACAGGAAAAAAAAUUCACAUUCAUCUUUCCUAUAUAAUGACGCCCAAGGGUUUGAACCCGAUAUGUAUCUACCUUUGUGGAUUACCGUAAAAACAUAAACAAAAGACUAUAACUAGCAUGAAGAUAAUGACCACCAAGAACAUCCUUGGGGUCACUAUCUAGGAAAGAUCCAAAGUAUUUUCUAUUUUAUUACUUUGAUUGAUACCAUGAAUUAUCGACCUUGUUCCCUGUGACUUUUUCCCUGUCAAAAUUGUUACUUUUUCCUGUGACUUUAUUACCGGCCGCCAUAAGGCUGGAUGUUGGAAACGCAAGUUCUAACAUCAAGUAAACACUGUAGAGUCACUGUCGGUCUAAGCGGUUCGCUUAACAGUUUUUUCGUUCCUUUCAGUAUCGUCUUUAUCUCCUGAACCUCUGCCCACAAGUCACAAGAGGAAGAGGAAACAAUACUUGGCAAUAAUUAUUUUAGUCGAACAAACUAGCAUUGCAUUGUCCUUAUCAAUUAUACCAAUACUAACAUUCUUAUGUGUUUACAAAGUAUUCCAAAGAUUUUUUUAUUGAAUUAAUUAUGCCAGUUAUGGGAAGGGGCAUUAUGAACAGAAAUAAAGGGUUGAUCAAUGCACUGAUUUCUGGCGGCAAUUUUGCCCAGGCUGCGUCGUAGUUACGUGUGUAUCAAAAUGAAUAUCAUUUCAUAUAUUUAAGUGUUACAUUAUGUAUUAAUUAUAAGUUUUUAUAAUAAACUUUUUAUGAUGA